AUGUCGGGUCGCCACGACGACGGGGUCAAUUUACUACCGACGGCUGCAGCGAUCGAGACGUGGAGGAGGGGGGGAUGCAAGGGGGACGAGCUCGUCUGCCUAAAUAAAAUAGUCGCCCCCCCACCCCCUGGAACUCGCGAUUACUCCUGGGCUCAGAUAUCUCUUUACGUCUCCCUCGCUGUUGGUGCUCGUCCCAAGCUCCGUGGAUUAUGCGUAUCGAUCAACUGCGGAUUUCACCACGCGCUGCAUUACAUGCUGAUCAUCACACGGCCUCACUGGUCACGCAUGGAAAGUUAUUUUGGCGCUACGCUGUUCUUCAUCAACCUUCAAGUUACCUUCUCGCUCCUCCUUGGAUGCAGCAGCAGCAUCCUCCUUUACAAGCUCCGACCAGCACGCAAUUUACUUUCGACACCGGAAACGUUUUCCAAACUGCUUCCCCCUUGGAGUAUGACAUGCGAAAGAGAAGACCAGCUGUACACCGGUUCAACCACUUCCGACCCGAAAGUAUUAUUAUACUCGCAUCCAUUUCGAAAAGCUGAUUUCACGAAUAACAUUGUUGAACCUGUCUGGACGGGAGAAGCUUUUGUCUGA